UAUCGAAUCAGGCUAAUUGUGCAUGAUGGUAAUGAUCAAGCAACGUUCCUUCUCAUAGGAGCAUCUGCAGACAAAUUCCUACCACGCACAGCUUCAGAAGUUAAUGAAAUCUACCCGGAUGGAACUGGAAUAUUACCACCUGAUAUUGAAGCUCUAGCUGGUCAUAACUUGGAAUUUGAGAUCCAACUUCCCAAAGAAAACAACAAUGGUGUUGUAGGCGACUUCAUAGUCACUAGCAUCAAGGGACUUCCCCAUCAAACUGGAAAAAUGGGAAAACAAAGCCUACUGAAAUCAGAAUUCUCAAACAGGCCAUUGCAAAUUGAAUCACAUGCAAAGCCAAUAUCAAAUGCUGGCUUCCCAUUACUUGAAGCAAGUGAAAUUAAAAAAGAAGACGAUAAAGGGAACAAUGCAGUUACUUCAAGUGCCAACAAGGAAAGGAAAGCAGCCCCAAGAGUUAAUGCAUCCAAAAGAAGUGGGAAAAGGACAACCCAAACACCUGCGAGGAAGGUAAAUGGAGUCAACAAUGUUGACUCAGCAUCCUCUGACGAUGAACAAUGUUUGUCUAAGCUGCUGCAAAACACCAAAAGAAGCAAAAGUAACCAAUCUGCAGAUGACAAAGACAACAAAGAAACUCUAAACACCAGGAAAACUAGUACAUGCACAACAAAGACUGGGACAAAAAAGGCCAAAGCUGCUUCGGUCGAAACAGAUGCAGAGCACAUAGUUGUCGAAGUUGGAGUGAAGAAAACCAAAAGUUGCAGUGCUUUGACGGAUUCAGUUCCUAAAGAUCCACCAACUUCUACUGAAGUUAAGGCGAAACGCAAGCGUCAGUCGGUGAAAAAAUAUGCUCAAGCUUAGGGAUGGAAUGCUUCGGCUUAAGAAAUGAGAACUCGAACCAGUUUACUUAGUGUUGCAAUUUUAAUGUUUUUUUUCUGAUAAACAUAUUUCAGUACCUCUGGAACAAUUUGGUUAUAUGG